CGGAUCCGAUUCAGCCCAGCGCACCACAGAUAGUGUGUUGCCAAGUCCCACCACCCACAAGUCCUCUCUCCCCUCCACCGGAAUGGCCAUGGACACUACUGCUUCCUCCCCUACGCCUUCUGCAGCUGUAAAGGACACUGAUUGUGAGCCGAGGAGCCGCUGUACUGUGGCGUGGUGAGGCGUGAGGUGGCUAAGCUGAGGCACACAUCAGGUCACCACCUACUGACCUGACCUCAACCACCAUCACCGCUCGUCAGCUGUGUCUGAGCACAGCACAUACACAGCAUGGCUCCUCCUGACACACCUAAACGACGGGGAAGGAAGCGGUCCAAGCGAAGGGCAGCAUCAAGCGGGGCACGCCACGCAUCCCUAUCUGAGGAACCUCGGCCAGCUACGCUGCCUAGCUCCCCUGCAGGAGGAAAGAAGGGGCCUGCUGCCCUACUAAAGAAGGCAGGCAACAAGGGCCAGGCCAACACUGUGGUACCACUGAAGAACUGUACCACAAACACAAUGCCACAGAAGGAAAACAAGCUAGACAACCUGUGCAGUCUACUAGAAAAUAUUAUCCUGCAGCAUGGCAGAGAGGCCCCACACCUGGCCAAGAAGCCUGCAAAUGUUCAUGGGGCCACAGCACUCCCAACACUUAAUGCUGUGCCUUCCACCAGUGCUGGGCUGCCAGCCUCCUCACACUCUACACCAGAGGCCAAGAAAGAUCUGAGUAAAGAGGAACUUGAGAGGGAGAGGAAAGCUCGCAAGGAAGCAAAGAAAGCAAGGAAGAAAGGCCCUGGGAAGGAGAAUGUUGAGGAGAGGAAGGAAACUCAAAAUAGUGGGCAGGGCAGUGCACCAGCAACACCAGUGAAAGUAACAGCAGCAACACCAGUGAAAGGAGCAGCAACAACACCAGUGAAAGGAGCAGCAACAACACCAGUGAAAGGAGCAGCAACAACAUCAGUGAAAGGAGCAGCAACAACACCAGUGAAAAGAGCAGCAACAACAUCAGUGAAAGGAGCAGUAGCAAAACCAGUGACAGCAGGAGCAGCAGCCCCCAACAAUAUCCUUGUAGUAGACUUGAGGUCUGGCAAGGAGUGCAGUGAGCAGCCCACAGCAGCAGCAGCAGCAGCAGGCCAGGACAGCACGGUUGGCAAAUCAAAAGCAGACAUGCGUAGGGAAAGACGAGAAAAGCAAGAGGCACAGAGACAGGCCAAGCUAGCCCUUAAGGAACAGCAGGAGGAGCAGAAGAAGCAGAAAGACAAGCAGGUUGUGAUGGAGAAAGCAAAGGCUACCAAUAAGACCAAAGCAGCUGGGGAGAGCAGCAGGAAGGCCAGGGUGAGGAGGGCCAGCAGCAGGGGGAGCAGUGAGAGGAAGGUUCCCCUGCUGGGUCACCUGCCUCAGUACUCCCCUAAGCCACCACCACACCAGGUCAAUAGUGACUCUAUCCAUCCAGCUGUGCUCACUGUUGGACUCAAAAUGAAGUAUGGAGUGGUGGAGGGAGCCACAGCACGUGUUAUCUCAAUGCUGGCAGCCUUGAAGCAGUUCAUCAAUGACUACCGCACCCCUGAGUCCUGUGACCUCUCCAGGGACAUGGCAGACAAGCUUAAGCCCAAUGUUGACUUCCUGCAUGCCUGUCGCCCACAUGCCAUUGCCAUGGACAACGCUAUCAGGUCAGUGAAGCACAAGAUUAACAGCAUUGACCCAUCGACUCCCGAGGCACAAGCUAAGGAUGAACUGCGUGGUGCAAUUGACGAGUUUGUGGAGGAGAACAUCACCCUCGCCAGCAGCACCAUUGCCUCACACGCCACUUCCCUCAUUCAGGAUGACAUUCUCCUCACCUUUGGAUACUCUGCCCUGGUGUGUGAUGUGGUGGAGGCGGUGGUUAAGGAAGGUGGCAAGGUGAGUGUGGUGGUGGCAGACUACCCUCACCCGCCUUCUGGAGCUGCCAUGGUGCAACGCCUUGACAGUCUUGGGGUUCCCACCUACUACAGGCUUGUCACAGAUCUCUCACACGUAAUGUCUAAGGUGACAAAGGUGGUGGUGGAGGCAGAGGCAGUCAUGAUGAACGGUGCAGUGCAAGCCAUGUGUGGCACGGCUUGUCUGGCACUUGCUGCCGCCACACAUCAUAAACCCUUCAUAGUUCUCUGUCAGACCUAUAAGUUUUGCAAUAUUGACUUGACCGACUCUCUAGUGAUUAAUGAGCUGGGUGAUGCAAACAGCAUGGUGUGCUGCCCAUCCCAGGAGCACCAAGGGCUGUUGGCAGACUGGCGGGACACACAAAACCUCAAUGUGGUGCGUCUGGUGUAUGAUGUGACACCAGCCAGCCUGGUGACUGUCCUGGUGACGGAGCAGAGUGUCCUCCCCACCUCAGCUGUCCCUGUCAUCAUUCACCGCAAGUAUGCCGACAUCCUGGGCCAAGACUAAGCCAACACACUCAAGGGAAGGGAAGGGAAGGAUUAUUGUCCCUUUUGGGAUGUUUCUGAGACUCAAGUGAGUGUAGCUAUGUGUUCCCUGUUAUUGUGUGUGUGUGUGUGUGUGUGUGUGUGUGUGUGUGUGCACACACGCGUGUGCAUAUAAUUCUCCAGUCUGGAGGGUCACUUGCUGGACUCGUGAUUGCCACCUGUAUCCUUCUAGAAAGAACUUUUGACCUUAAAAAGUCUAUCCUAUAACUUUACACACGUCAUAAGGAUGUAACUGCUUGGUCAUCACUGAGUAUGACUUGAGAUGGUGUGAACUUCAUUCUCCAUCAGCCAUGUGGUAGGCUCUAUGAGUGUGUGUGUGUGUGUGUGUGUGUGUGUGUGUGUGUGUGUGUGUGUGUGUGUGUGUGUACUUUCAUGGUUCCUGUGCUAAAGCUAUUAGUUAGAAAGUGUCACUAAGAUUGUUGUAAAUAUUUGUCUUAACUUCUGUAUAAAGUGUUGGCUUAGUUUCAGUUUGAUGUUCUCUCAGUACUACUAGUCUGUAGCACAGGAAGCACAGGUGUUAUAGGGGCUUGUGGUUUUGGGUGUUGGUAAAAUCUUGAAGGUGUAGUUUGGCUUGAGUAGAAAAUUCGUCAUGAAUUCAUGAGUUAGGUUGACUGAUGUUACACAGGCAACCCACCUGUACACAUCAGUCCUCACCAGUCACUGCCUCCAAGACAACCAAGUUAACUGGAUUCACAUUUGUUAUGCUAACUUAUAUUAAAAAUUACUUUUCACUUAAAGCUCUGUUUAGCCACAAAUCAUUUUUUUUUUUUAUAUUGACAUGUAUGUUUAAAGUUUUAUGUGACUAAACCUUUGAUUGAAAAUUUGAAUUACAUAUUGACUGUCUCUUUCAAGAGUUCCUUUCAAUAAAACACAAUUUUCAAAUUGAAA